AAUCUUUAUUUUUCAAUUUUCAAUUUUCAUUGUGAUUUGGUUUCAUUUUCUUUUGUGGCGAUCGUAAAUCUAUUAAAAUAUUUCAAUUUAAAUUAAAUUAAUAAUCAAAGAGAAAUAUAUAAAAUGAUAUAACACAAAAAUUAAAAAGAUGUUUGGUUCUAUUAGAUCGAUUUUUAAAUGGAAAUCGCCAACAAGUACAGAAAUAAAAAAUUCAUCAUCUUUUUUAUUUAUAAUUUCGUUAUGUCUUCUCGAGGAUGUUUUGCUUUGGAAAAAAAUGUGGAUGUCUUUGUUAUUCUUUGUAUGUUUUAAUAUUGUUUUUAUGGUCUGUUUAUAUCGACAACUAAAUUUGAUACAAUUUGCUAUUGGAUUUUCAAUUGUAAUUAUAUGUUUUGAUGCUUUGGAAAGUUGGUUAAAGUAUAAGCAUCGUACAACAUGUUUAAAACGAUUAGCCUCUCAUGAUAAUCAAAAAAUCAAGACAGCUUUGACUGAAAUAAACAACUGGAUUAAUAGGCAGUGCAAAGGAUUCAUUUUUUUACGUAAUAAUAAUCACACUAAAGCAUUUUUACUUCUCCAAAUUAUGUUAAGCUUGAUUUUCUUUAUUGGAAGAUAUACCAGUGGAUACACAAUACUAUAUUUAUUAUUUACUGUGAUAUUUUUUCUACAUAAAUUAAUCCCUCCAAUAAUAAAAGUCUAUAAGAAAGUUCAACAAAAUGCAGAAUCUGAUUUUGAGUUGGAAGGCCUCAUACCAGAUGAAUCUGAUGUAAAUUUGGAUUUGUUGACUAUUGAACCAGAUCAGAAGUCAUCAGUGGAUGAUAGACAAAGUUUGGAUUAUUGGAAACCAGAAGACUUACCUUUAGAAGAUGCCAGUGAUAGUUCAGAUAAUAGCAGUUCUCUUGCUAGAAAUUUAUCAAUUGAGAAAAUGCAGAGUCUUACAAAAGAUGUUGAAGUUACAGAUUCUAGUGAAGAUGAAUAUAUACCAGAAGAGCAGCAACCUGAACAGUAUCAAUCAUCUUUAGAAGUACAACCAUCUGGAACAUGGAGCAAUGCCUUCGGCGUCUUAUCAAAUCUCAAGGGAGCUGUUGUAAAUAUGGUAUAUAAUCAACAUGAUGAUAAAAAAAGGAGGAGAAUCCCAAGUGUAGAUUCAUCAGAUGGUUUUGAAAUGGUAGAUAAAAAUGAAUUGUAGAAACAAUUAUGAUGAAAAAAAUUAUAACACAUUUAAUUUAUCUUAUGAUUUCAUUUAUUAAUUUUAGCUGACAUAUCAAUGUACUUAAACCUAUAUAUUACAAGACAUGUUAUCUAAUCUAGCCAUCAAUUCCUGAUGUCGCUUUUUUAGUGCCCUUAAACGGAUGCUGUUCAAUGCAUUUCUUGCAACCAGUGCUUCUAACAUAGGACGAGAGACCUUAGGAAAAAUAGUGUUUAUUAUUAAUUUUAGUUACUUAUUGAAAAAUUAUUAUGAUUCAAUCAUAUUAUGACCAAAGAAGUAAGAUGUUACAUUAACUGAUAUUACUCUAAAAUAAAAAUGUUGCUUGAGA